AUGAGCAUUGAAAAUAUUAACUUUCAAAAAGGGGAGGAAGGGGAGCAAAAUGGAUUUUGGAAAGUGGUGACACCUCUUAAAGGACGCGUUGAUCAUGAUCAAUCGCCAACAAGACGUACUCAGACGAGUGACUCUUUAGUGCAUGGCACCAAAUCUCCAAGAAAAAGAGGCAUAAUUAGGAGCACUACUGAAAAGUCGAUGGGUACAUCACCUGUUAAAACUCCAAAUGGAAGGGCUGGGCUACCUUCACCUGAGAAAAGAACAAUUGAUGAUUUGAAUAAGUCUGCCAGAAAAAGAGCUAUCGGUGUAACCAGCAAAUAUCAUAGUUUGAUGGACGAGGAUCUAGAAUAUGAUAGUGACUACUUAAAUAACCAGGACAGAUCUCUAGCUGAAAUCAUUAUCAAAGAGUCUAGAGAUGAAAGCAACGGAUUUCACUAUGGAAGUGACGUAGAAUUAGAAGAGGAUAUUACAGAGAGUGUGAGGAAGCGAAGGAAUCGCAGGCGAGAAUCCUCAGAAAAGGAAAAAAAAUUAGAGGCUGCUGCUGCUAGUGAUGAUGAAUUGAGUAGCGAUGAAGAGUACACUCCUCGAAGAAGAAGAAAGAGAGAAGUGCUUGAUAAUAUAAGCUCACCUACAGAAACGCCCAAAAAAAAGGUACAUUCUAAAGCAUUAGGAAGACCCAAGGUCAAAGAGGCUGUCGAAAAGAGAAAAGUCGGGAGACCAAGUAAGUCUGAUGAGGUUAUCGGAAAAGUCAAGAGCAUCUUUCAAUUGGAUGACGAAGAUCUCUUUAUGGAAAAUAAAGAUAAACCCAAAUCACCAUCUCAAAAUCAGGAUAGAGUCGAUACGGAGGAUUCUUAUCCCACAUUCUCCUUCAAUGAGACUACUUGCACUCCUCCUAUAAUAAGUGGAAUACAGGAAGAGAAGGUUGUUCCAAAGAAAGAAGGUGAUUUGGAUUUCUUCAAGCCAAUGCCAAUCCCCAAGGUGGAUAGUAAUGGCGAUAUUGUAGAUGAAGAGUUCGAAAAGAAAUAUAUUCCUAUAAAUCAAAUAAAAUCUCGAGGGUCGCUCAUAGAUGAAAGGUCUUUUUUCUUGGAUGGUUCAGAGGGAUACUUUGAGCAGCAUAGUACUCGCCCAAAAUAUAGUACAAAUUCACUUUCACAGCUUGCUCCGCAAUUGGAUUAUGAUGAAUUCAUACCUUACGUUCAAUUGAGUGAGCUUAUUAAAGCGAAUGAGAAGAGAUCACUAAGUACUAUUCAUAAGUCUUUAUAUAACCAGUGGUGCUUUGAAUUAUCUCAAGGAUAUAAUUUAAACUUUUUUGGUAUAGGUUCCAAAAUUAAAUUAAUUCUUGACUUCGUGCAAAGCUUCGUUGUGGAUUGGUAUGAAAACGUUCUUGACUCAGAUGGCGAUAGUCCCAAUAUUUUAGUUGUAAAUGGCUAUAAUCCUACUUUAAAGUUUAAAAGAAUUCUUCAAGAUAUUGUAACAGCAUUUAUAUCACAGGAAGAACGAAAAUCUACUGCAUUGAAGUUUCCUAAACAUGUAUCUGAGACCUUACCUUUUUUGGUCAAUUUCAUAGAAACCACCAGGGAUGAUACAUGUUACUCAGGGAGCCUAAUUAAGCCCAAACUAAUCCUUGUUGUUCACAAUAUAGAUGGAGAAGCCUUGCGAGAUGAAAAGACUCAAAGCUUUCUCUCGGAAUUAUGCUCAUUGCCAGAGAUAUGGUUAAUUUCUUCGACAGAUAAUAUUAAUGUCUCAUUGCUAUGGGAUUCCGUAAAGCUUAAAAAUUUCAAUUUUCUUUGGCAUGACUUGACCACCUAUGAGCCAUAUAAUGUCGAGUUGUCUUUCAAAGAUGUCUUAAGUCUAGGCAAGUCUAAGAAAUACGUCGGUAAUAAGGGUGCAAAAUACGUUUUGACCUCACUUACAAACAAUGCACGUAACUUAUACAAGAUUCUUCUCCAGAAGCAGAAAGAGCUCAUAAGCUCAAUCGCCACUACAAAGACAUCUUUGUUGGGCCUCCGAGGUAAUGCAAAGUUUGCAAUUGACUUCAACAGCCUAUACAAUACCUGUGUAGAGGAGUUUAUCACCUCUAACGAAAUAAGUUUUAGAACAAUACUUGGAGAAUUCGUUGAACAUAAAAUGUGUAACUUGACGAAAAAUGAGUCUGGAUCUGAGAUCAUAUUCGUCCCAUUUAGCUACGAAGAAAUCGAACAACUUCUCUCUGAGUGUUUCACUUAA